CAAGAGCGAUGCAAGUGUGGAAGUGAAUGAGAGUCUUCCAUCUUUUCCUAGUUCCCUCUUCCCUGACCUGCUCACCUCUUGUUAGUUCCUCUGCAUCAAUGACAGAAUCUGGGGAGGCAGGCCUGCUGCCAGAAACUAAGAGCAAUCAUGCUUAGAUAUAUGUAUAUAUCUGAAACAGUAUAAUUGUAAGACACCAACCUAGGGGAGUUGUUGCCACUGAGCCAAAAGGCUAACAUUACCCGCAGUUACUGUAAGGGAUGAUAUCCGCAGGAUAUGCAUACUUACAAGGGUGAAGCCCACCGUGUACAUAUCUGAUAAACGGCGAUGGUCCAGAGUGUUUUUUAAUUUGCACAGUUUAUGUGGUUUGCAUCGUCCGCACUGUUUGUACUGUUUGCGCAUAUCAUGACCCGCUCUUUCCCUUUUGGGACGAGUCCGUCCCGAUCAUCAACAAUGGCCUCAACACACACACACUCUCUCUCUCUCUCUCUCUCUCUCUCUCUCUCUCUCUCUCUAUUUUCCUCUAGCCUCCUCCUGCAUCCCCUCCUCCUCCUCCUCUCUAUUGCCGCGGCCUGCAUCUGCAUCCCUGACCCCGCCCGAUCCGUCAGAGAAAUCAUCGUCAUUGGAUCCAACCCAUCCCCCUCCACCUCACCACGUAUCGCGCAUCAAUACAACUGCCGGUUUCCUGACCCGAGGGGCGGCCAUCCAGUCCAGUUUCAGACCACCACGGAAGGGCGGCAACAAACCCACUGCCUCUUGGCUGACAGCCACCUCGUCAAGAAGCCUUCGCAGGGACAGGCAAGCGCAUAGCGAUGAUGCCAUUGGCCACGGACAAGAAUAUGGCGCGCCGCAUCCCGCGUGGUCAGACGACUGGAAGCCAUAUAGCCUAA